GCCGAAGCUGGGGUCUAGUGAAAGUAGACGGGCAAGCGCUGCCGGCGGAAGGCAGCGGCCAUGCCGGAUGACAGGACGGACAGGGUGGAGAUGGCGCUGGACCAGGUGAUCGAAAAGGACUGGAAGCCAGGCAAGGCGAAGGGCGCCACAAAGGGCGCCAAGGGCCCAAAGUCCAAGGGUGCUGCGAAGGGCGCCAAGGGUCGCGACAAGGGCAAGGGACAGGGCCGUGGACUAGUCCGGCGGAACCCGGUGAUGAACAAGGCGCGACGCCAGGGCAAAGGUGAAGGGCGCACCAUGAAGUGGGUUCCCAAAGGCCAGGCGCAGGCCGCGCGGGCGGAGCGCGAGCAGCGGCCAGCCAAAGG